UUCGAAUCGAAAGGAGGACGAGAUUGAAUGUCGAUCGACUAGCCACUGGCCACUGGUUCUUCUAGUCUUCCUGCUGGUCUACAUCACGUCGAGCCCUGUUCCUUCAUCAGACCAUCUUCACCGAGGUCACAUGCUUGCACGCCGUCGGUCUCUACUUGAUGCCGACUCCUAAACCGGAGUCCAUCUCCCUCCAAGAACUGUCUUCUGGUCGGAGAAUGUCCCAAGCAGAGGAAUACGCUGAGGAUAGGGUCGACGACUUCUUGUCCGAACACGAUUCCUACCUGACCCACGACUCUACCACCCCUCCGCUCAAAUACGCAAGACAACGUCUCUGGGGCUCUUUCUUCUCUUUUGGACUGCUCAACAAUGUGCUCUACGUGAUCAUCCUCUCGGCUGCUCUGGACCUCGUGCCCGCCAGCACGCCCAAAGGGAUCGUCGCCUUUUUCAAUAUCUUUCCUGCUCUUAUCGUCAAGGGCGCAUGGCCUUACCUUAGCAAGGGGGAGAUCAGAUAUAGGAAAAGGAUUUAUUGGUGCACAGCUUGUUCUUGGGUUGGAAUGAUAGUCAUUGCCAUGUUCAAUUCGACAGCGAUGCGUCUGAUCGGGAUCGGAAUCGCCGCGUUCUCAUCAGGACUGGGCGAACUCACUUUUCUACAGUGGUCGACUGUCUUGCCGACCGCAUCUCUGAGCGGGACGGCCGUAGGCGGAUGGUCCAGCGGGACAGGCGCUGCAGGCCUGGUCGGAGCAGGUCUUUGGUGGGGUCUUCGAAACCUCGGGGUCAGGUUGGGAUUGGGACUCGCCAGCAUCUUGCCCUUGGGCUUCCCAGCCGUGCUCAAUCUCUUACUCCCACCCUUCGAAUCGCUAGGCAAGCUCGAGGUGGAUCACUAUGAACCCAUCUUCGCGGCCGACGACGACGCCAGCGAGGUCUCAAUACCCCGAGGAUCUGAGGAUUAUGGAUCACAUAACCCUGGAAAGUUGGAUCUCCCCACCGAAGUCAUCCUCACGACGCAAGAAAAGAUCGAGCUCGUCAAACCGCUCGUGAUGAGGUACAUGUUCUGGCUGUUCGCCGUCUACGUCUUCGAAUAUGUGAUCAACUCGGGCAUCACGCCGGUCUUAGCGUUCCCACCGCCUACGGUUGGAGCCUGGCGAAAAGUGUUCAAGACGACUCGAGACUAUUACCCCUUCUGGGCGUUGACCUACCAGUCGUUCGUCUUUCUCUCCCGGUCGUCUCUCUCGCUUGGAGUACCUCCUAUCCCUCGAAUACUGCUACCACUCCCAGCGAUCCUCCAAGGUGUCAUCCUCGGCCUGCUCACCAUACAAGCCAAGUUCUACGCGUUCUCCUCGCCCGAAUUCAAACCUCACCGGGUAUGGCAUACGGAGGCAGCCGAUACUUGGUGGCAUUGGAUCACUCAUCCCUUCUCAUCGAAUGCCGGGGGUGACCGAGUGGAGACGAUCGGAAUGGCCUCGGAAGGAUCGGAUCGGGCGAUCACGAUCGUCUUCCUGCUCAUCUGCCUGGAAGGCUUGAUGGGUGGAGCAGCAUAUUGCAUGAGUUUCUACCACGUAGGCAGGGAGGGGGACGAAGAGCCUGACAAUGCCAAGCGCAGGGUACAGAAGGCUUUCCGAAUGGGAGUCUGUGGUAGUGCCGAUACUUUUGGCGUGUUGGUAGCAAGUCUGAUCUCCAUGCCAGUAGAGGUAUCGCUCUGCAACGCUCAGGCAAAGCUUGGUAGCUCUAUAUGUAAAUCCUUGUAGACAGAAUUGACCAUAGUGGUGAUAGACAAACGAUACCCCUGGAUA